CAGUAUGCAGAUUUUGUAAGGGAGAACACCCAGCUCAAAAACAGUGAUUAGCGCUCUGCUAGGAAUCACUACAGUCGCCCUCGUGUCUUCUAGUUUCCCCGUCUCCUAGAUUUGUAAACAAAUAGCACCAAACAGUUCCUCUUUUGUUUUAUUAAAGUGAUACCGCAGCGCUGUUUCAGCCCAUCAGCCAGGCAUACAUGUGUGGACAUUUGAUAGUCUCACCGAAUGAGCUAAUUUUAAGCUGUGUUUCAUGCUUAUCUCUAGACCUUUGUGCAUUAAAUCCUAUCUCGAGCUGCUGUCUUUACACACAAGUGUUUUGCUUGUGCUUUCUUGCCUUCUGUGAGAAGCUUUAUGUAGGUCAGGCUUGGCUUAAGCAGCUUUCCCGAACCUGCGUCAGCUUAAGCUGGAGGAAUUUUAAUAAGCCCUCCCCUGUAGGCGUGGGCCUAAAUGGGGCUAGCCUAGUUAAGCCUGAUCUUUCUGUUUGUGAAAAGAGCUGAGCAGAGCUGAAGGCUGCAUGGUGGAUUCAGAAACUGCCUACUUAAUUUCAAAAGAACAAUGGUAGGAAAGGCUAGAUCUUCCAAUUUUACCCUGUCUGAAAAGCUUGAUCUGCUAAGCCUUGUGAAGCCAUAUGUGAAAAUUCUCGAAGAGCACACUAAUAAAAAUUCAGUAAUAGUAGAAAAGAAUAGAUGUUGGGAUGUCAUAGCAGUUAACUAUAAUGCAAUUGGAGUAGACCGCCCUCCUCGAACAGCACAGGGCCUACGCAGCCUUUACAAAAGGCUCAAAGAAUAUGCCAAACAGGAGCUAUUGCAGCAAAAGGAGGCCCAAUCAGAUUUUAAAAGCAGUAUUUCCGAGCCAACCAAGAAAGUUAUGGAGAUGAUUCCCCAGAUUUCCAGCUUUUGCCUGAUAAGAGACAGGAACCACAUACAAAGUGCAAACUUGGAUGAGGCUGCCCAGGCUGGCACCAGCUCACUGCAGGUAAUGGUGGAUCACCAUCCUGUUGCUAUUACAUUAGAGGUGAAGCAAGAAGAGGACAUUAAGUCAUCCCCUCCACUGGUUCCAAAUCCUCAACACAAUGAUACUUCAGAGCAAAGAGAAGAGCAUGAACUAGUACAUGUUAUGGAAGAACCCUUGUCUCCAUCACUUUCUUCUGUUGAUAUGAGAGUGACAUCAUCUCCAUCUUCUAUUCCAAGGAGAGAUGAUUCUUUUCAUCAUGAAAGUGGAGAACACCUUAGGUCUCUGCUAAGAUAUGACCCUCAGAUCCUGCAAAUGUUAAAAGAGGAACAUCAGAUAAUUUUAGAAAAUCAGAAGAAUUUUGGAUUAUAUGUUCAGGAGAAGAGGGAUGGAUUGAGAAGAAGGCAGCAGCUAGAGGAGGAGCUGCUCAGAGCAAAGAUUGAAGUGGAGAAGCUGAAAGCGACUCAUUUACGGCAUGGUCUGACCCAGCAGGGUAGUCUCUAAGAGUCUUCUCAGUCUUGCAACCUGAUAAUUUCAAUUUUGCCAGAAGUAAUUUGGAGUAUCAUGAAGCUGAGAACCUGUCCUAUAAAAUAUCUCUUAUAAAAAAGCUCUUAACAUGAUUUUCUUUUCCUUUCCAAUCCUAUUUUUUUAACACAAGUUUCUAAGUAUUUAAUUUUCUCUUUAAUACUAAAAUUUUCUGAUUGGUUGACAUGGUAAUCUAGCUCAUUGUCUUCCCUCGAUUUUUUUUCUAAGACAUUUAGUUGUUGGCCUUAUGUAAGAUUUUUAUUUUGAUUAUAAAAGAAAUAAUGCAAAUAGAGUUGUAUGUGGUGCAUAAGCCUGUAAUUGCAGCACUUGGGAGGGAGAGGCAGGGCAGAAGAUCAAAGCCAUCCUAAUUUCAAGGUCAGCCUGUGCUAUGUGGAGUACUGUGUCAAAACAAAAUGCACAAAAUUGUAUAAAUGCAUAAAUAGUACUGAAUCUUUAACAGUUUAGUUACUGAGCUACAUCCCUAGUCCUAUAUUUUCUUUUUUUUAGAGACAGGAUAUCACUCUGUAGCCCAGGCUAGCCUGGAUACAAGGUCCUCUUGCCUCGCCAUCUGAAUUCUGGGAUUAUAGGUGUGUACUGUACUCACAGUAACAGAAAACUUGUAUGCAUGCCAUGGGUUUUGUCUUUACCUUUUGAAAGAGUGAAGUUAGACUUUAGAGACAGAAGGUAUUUGGAAAAUACUUCAGUUUGGAGGUAAUGAAACUGAGGUCAGGGAGGAUGCCAAAAUCUAUUCUAGGUAGCAAAGUAAGAGUAAGUAUUGGUGUUUUUUUCUUUUCCUUCCUUCCUUCCUUCCUUCCUUCCUUCCUUCCUUCCUUCCUUCCUUCCUUUUUUUUUUUUUUUUGAGGGAACAGGGGAGAAUGGUGGUGGUAACUUUUAUUCUUUAUUUAUUCUAUAGAAGUAAAAAAACUCAGAAUUCAUUUAAUUAAUUAGGAGAAUUUAUUUAAUUAGAAUCACACAUUGGUUGGAAGGUGUGUUUGAGUCCCAUCUCCAGGGACAGAAGCAAACUUACUAUUCUACAUUGUUGGGUUAUGAAGUCUAGGGAAUUGUGUCACCACUCUACCCUCCCUCUCUUUGUUUGUCCUGCUAAAAGAGAUCAGGUCUUUUUAUUGAAAAUAUUACAUAUUUUGACAUGUGAUUAAAAUUAUCUUAGUUUUUCUGGAAAAUGUUUCUUCACAGUAAAGUUAGAAUUAAACAAAAUGUAAACUAUGUAGAAUGAAAUUAACAAGUCAUGUUUACGUAUAAUUUAACUUGUAGAUUUUUGUAAGUAUGAUUUUUAAAUAUUGUUGUAUUCAUGGAAAUAAAAUCUUGAUUUUUUAUAAAUCUUA